AUCCGAAAGAAGCAGGCACAAGCGAGAUCUUAUUGCAUUGCCCAGACUAGGCGUGUCUAAUUAGGUGCAAAGAAGUGCGAGUCACUUUGGAGAUGCACAGCGCGCGCGGCAGCACCGUCAUGACCACCUUCUCCUGCAAACCACCUCAGUGCAGCAGCAGGAGGAGCUGCCAUGAUGCUGUCGCUGCUGCAUCGCCGCCGCCUCUCAUCAGGCGAUGCCCAAGCGCUUCAUGGAGGUGGCGGCGGCGGCAGCGCACCUGCAGGUUGCAGUGCGGACAAUCGCAGCAGGCCUUCGCCGCACGAACACGGCAUCACCUUGAUGACGAUGAUAGCCGGCUGAGCGAGAACGCCGGCAUUUUCCACCCGUCUAUCUGGGGAGAUUUCUUUCUUGGCUACUCCAACCCAUAUGCUUCGUCGCAACAACGGACUCAGAUGGCAGAGCGAGCAGACAAACUCAAGGAAGAAGUGGCCGAAAUGAUAGCAAGUUCAACCUUUAGUGGCCAGCAUGAGAGGCUAUAUCUCAUCGAUACUUUGGAGCGUCUGUGCUUGGAUCACCUGUUUGAGGAAGAGAUUAGUGCUGCAUUACCACAGAUUGAGGCUGCUGGUGUCAGUGACUGUGAUCUUGGGACGGUGGCUCUCUGGUUUUGUCUACUUCGGAAACAUCGGUACAGGGUUUCGCCGGAUGUGUUUGCGAGAUUCAAAAAUGAAGAGGGAGGUUUUUUAGCAGACAACCCUGAAGACCUGCUGAGCCUUUACAAUGCUGCGCAUAUGAGGACGCAUGGAGAGACAAUACUCGAUGAAGCCAUACGAUUCACCCGAAGGCGUUUAGAGACAACGUUACGCGACAUGGAAGAAUCAUCAUUAGCACGUGAAAUAAAAUCUGCACUUGAGAUCCCUCUCCCAAGAAGGGUUAGAAUAUACGAGUCAAAGUAUUACAUAUCCGCAUAUGAGAAGGACUCUACAGUGCAUGAGACGGUAUUGCAACUUGCAAAAUUGAACUCAAAUAUCAUGCAGCUUCAUCAUCAGCGUGAUCUGGAAAUUAUUACAAGGUGGUGGGAGGGUUUACAAGUUGAAUCGAGGCUUCCAUUUGCUCGGGAUAGACUUGUCGAAUGCUACUUAUGGAUCGUAGGAGUAUACUAUGAACCAUGUUAUUCACGAAGCCGAAUAAUAUUGACAAUGAUUAUUGCCAUAGCGACCCUAUUGGAUGAUAUUUAUGAUUCUUAUGCAACUCCAGAAGAAUGUGAAAUACUUACCCAAUGCAUUGAAAGCUGGGAUGCUAAGGCGGCUCAUGACCUCCCAGAGUGCAUGAAAUUUGCUUUGGGGAAGAUAUUGGACAGCUUUCACACCAUCGCGAAUAUGCUCCACCAGGAGGAAAAAUACCGCAUAUCAUAUCUAAAGUACUUUACUGAAGAUCUGGUUAGGAGCUACAACACGGAGGUAAAAAUGCUUCAAGAUGGCUACAUUCCAAAGUCUGUUGAAGAGCACCUGCAAGUUUCAAUAAGAACUGGAGGAUGUCCUAUGCUGUCGUGUGCUUCCUUCGUUGGGAUGAAUGAUAUAGCAACAAAGGAUUGUUUUGAUUGGGUUUCUCGUGUACCUAGCAUGGUCCAGGCACUUUCUAGAAUUCUCAGACUAUUAGACGAUCUCCAAACAUAUGAGCGGGAACAAUUGAUCCCUCAUGUCGCGUCAACAAUCGAUAGCUACAUGAAGGAGCACAAUGUCUCGAUUGAAGUGGCAUGUGAGAAGAUACACACUCUAAAAGAGGAGUCGUGGAAAGACUUUAACGACGAGUGGUUGAAUCCGGACAACACCUACCCAAAGCAGGUACUGGAGAGGAUAUUCAACUUGACAAGGACAAUGGAGUUCAUGUACAACCAGGAGGACAAUUUCACAAACUGCCCCAACCUAAAGGACACCAUCUAUUUGUUAUUUGCGGAGCCAUUUGCAGAGCUUAUUUAGGAUUUGGCCAUUGGCAAACAACAAAAAAUUGUUGGUCCAAAUAGCAUAAUGUUGUCCAUUCGCUAGGCGAUUUUAAAGACACCCGGUAUUGUAAUUUUGUUUAAAAUCCAUGACUAGUUUUACAAAAUUGGAAAUGAAAAUAUAUUAUGGAAAUAAAAAUGCUCACACAUGUAUAAAGAGAA